AUGAAGACACCUGGUUUUCAGUUGUGCAUCGAGGAGGAAGCAGUGACAACAGCAACAUCAAGUGGCACCAGUGUUGGAACCCUGAAAACGUCGGACUCACGUCAAUCAGUCGCCUCACCCAAUUUGCCCUCGGAGGUGGCCUCAGGUCCACUGACACCAGUUCUGCCUCCACCGAGACGUGCCAUCCACUCACACAGCCUUGCUUUUCGGUUACGUCACCAGACAGCACAGAAGGAGGGAGCCACGAAGGCGACAACGGUGACAACAGGACUUCAGGAGAGGUCAAAUCCAUCCCUCACUUCUCAGUCGCGAACGGCGUUUACCGGAGGUCUGACUUCUGCCUCCAAGACGAUACCUUCUGUGAGUUUUUUGUUGCCUUCCUGUUUUUUUUUUAAAAGUUCAACACUAAACGCUAGACAAAGUUAG